GCUUUAGGAUAAGAGGAUUAACUGAUUCAGGUAAGUCAGCGAAAAUAUUAGAUGCAACAGUCGUGUGCUUGCACGAAGAACGUUCGAGACGGUUUCCCCCACUCAACGGACCCCCGGCCCCCGGCCGGCGCGGGCGCCGUGCAGACGCUCGAGAAUUUUCUUUGUCGCCUUAUAUUUUCGCUACUAAUAUAACAUUUUUAUAUGAUAUAUGUGUAUAAGAUAUAUAAUAUGUGGUAUCGAUACAUGUAGCGUAGCAUCCUGUCUCGCGAAUAAUUACGACACCACGCGUUUUUCCAGAUUUUCCCCAAUUUUCUAUGUGUUCUCAUCAUAUGACGCAAUUUUAACUAACACCAUCAGAUUUCUCGCAAAAAUUAUAAGAAAUACAGUUUCUUUUACUUUUUCUUAGCGGAGUAAAAACAGAUUUUUUUAAUUAUAAAAAGUUAAAAUAAAUUAUGAUUUUUAGAAGAUCCUUGAACUCUUAGCAAUUAUUAUAAGGGCCUUCUAGAAAUAAAAAUUUUAUACUACCGCCAUUUAUACAUAUGUUCAGCUUUAAUUAUCAUUCUAAUAUAAUUUCAGAUUUUAGAAUGUAUCACUGUCAUUUUUGUACAUAUACAUCCAAUUCUUGGGGUGAUAAUCUUCAACAUCAACAAUUCCACAAAAGUGUAUCUGAUCAAUUUCAUUGUGGAUACAACAACUGCCGUAAAUUUUUUAAAAAAGAAAACAAUUUACGAAUGCAUAUGAUUCGCACACAUCGUGUUUCUAUCAAAACUGAAAGCAUUUCGUCAAAAGUACGUCUCGUUAACCAAAAUGCUCAAUUAAUUUGCACUGUGCUUGUGUGUAAGAAAGUAUUUCAAAAUUAUUCUGAAUUUUUAAAACAUCUUAAAGAGCACAUCAGAAAUGAUGUACGUGUAAAUUGUCCGUACAGUAAUUGUAAUAAGGCAUAUGAGAAUGUCCAGUCCUUCACUGGACAUUUAAGUAAAUAUCACCGGAAUCUGUGUUUAACAUAUACAGAAAACGAUAAUAUUAAUAAUGAAUAUGAAAAUUUGCCAGUUGAAAUAAAUGCAUUAUCAACCGAUGAGGCUCCUGCUGUUUCUAUUAAUAAUAAUGAAAAUAAAGACGAACUAUUUUUAACGUAUAUUGCUCAGUUUUACUUAAAGCUUGAAAGCCAGUAUCUCGUUCCUGUAUCUACAAUUGAUCAUCUUGCAGCUGAUAUAGAGAAUAUGUAUAAUCAUGGGUGGCAAAAUAUAUUGGACAAUGUUCGUCAAUGUUUAAAACAAGAGAAAAUAUCGGAGAGUAACAUAAAUAGAAUAUGUAAAGAUUUAACUUUAAACGAUCUGUUUCUAAAGAACAAUAAACUUUUGAAUAAUAAGUUUAAAAGAACUAAUUAUUACAUGCAUAAAAAUACAUAUGUAGCGCCAAAAAAAAUGAAACUAGAUACAGAUGCUGAAGGUAAAGAAAGCUUUUUCUACUACGUUCCAAUUUUAAAAACUAUAAAGGCAAUGUAUGCAGAUAAAUGUAUAGAAGCAUUUUUAGACUUACCAUUACCAAGUAGUACAGAUAUUUUUCAAGAUUUUAUUGAUGGUAAAAUGUUUAAAAAAAAUGAAUUUUUCGCAAAAAAUCCUAAAGCAAUUAAAAUUAUAUUAUAUCAAGACGGUUUUGAGAUAGUAAAUCCUAUCGGAUCAGCAAGAACGAAGCAUAAAAUUUUAGGAGUAUAUAUGAGCCUUGGUAAUCUUCCCGAUUAUAUAAGGACACAUAUUAAUUCAAUUCAAUUAGUGGCUUUAGUAAAAGAAAAAUUAUUUGAUCAUAAUAAAGUGUAUGGUCCGAUAGUUAAAGAUUUACAAAUAUUAGAAACGUUUGGAAUUGAGAUUACUCCAAAUAAUAUAAGAAAAGGAGGUCUAGUUUUGAUAGCUGGUGACAAUCUGGGUAGUCACGUUCUUGGUGGUUUUAUGGAAAAUUUCAGUUUUGCAAUUUACUUUUGUCGUUAUUGUAUUAUAAAGCAUGAUUUUUUUACAAGUAAAAAGAAAUGCAACAAUAGCAUUGAAAAUACGUCUAAUAAAAGCAAAUCAUAUGAACGUAAAUCUUUUGAAUUACGUACUGAGGUAUCUUAUAAAUCAGCUGUAAGUACAAUGUUGAUAAAUAAUCAAAACAAUUAUGGCAUUAAAUUUGAUUCUGUUUUCAAUCAAUUGCAAAGCUUUCAUGUUUGCAAGCCUGGUUUACCUCCAUGUUUAGGUCACGAUUUAAUGGAAGGAGUUGUUGCUUAUGAUUUGGCUCUCAUUGUGCAAGAAUUAGUACGAAAAAAGUGGUUUACAUAUGAACGAUUAAAUUGCAAAAUUGAAAAGUUUUUUUUAUCACCUGAAGACUCUAGAAAUAAGCCAGUGAAAAUACAACCAAAUUGUGAUAGAAUCGUUGGUGGAGCUUGGGAAAUCCGAACACUCUUGAGAUUUAUGCCACUCAUGGUGUACAAUGACGUUAAAAAUAGCAAUGAUCCAAUUUGGCAUAGCCUUUUACUUUUAACUGAAAUCAUGGAAAUUGUAUGCGCGCCUGUUAUUCAUAAAUCCUUUCUGCCUUAUUUACAAGUAAUCAUUAAUGAAUAUUUAGAUUUUCGAACAGAAUUAUUUAUGAAAAAUUUACGCCCUAAACAUCAUUAUUUAAGCCAUUAUCCUUAUCUUAUUGAUCAAUUUGGUCCUUUAAUUAAAGUGUGGACAUUAAGGUUUGAAAGUAAGCAUACGUAUUUCAAAAGAGUAAUUCGAAAUAUAAAAAAUUUUAUUAAUGUUACACAAUCUUUAAGUAUAAAACACGAGAGAUUACAGUGUCUUUUACGGUCUGGUUCUGAUAUGCGAAAUUUAGUUGAUGUGCAUGAACCCACUAUUUUCAACGAAGAGCUGUAUUCAGAUGCAAUAAGAAAUGCAAUACGAUGUGCUAAUAUUAAAUUUGAUAUUUUUGAAUGUGAUAAAAUAAUAUUUAAAGGUACUCUAUACAAAAUUGGAAAUGCUGUGGUUAUUCGUCAGAAAAAUUACCAAUAUGGCGUUCAGAUUGGAAAAAUAUGUCUUAUAUUGACUGAUUCAGAAGAAAUAAAUAUUAACAUUGUUGUAGAACGUUUCAUUACAACCUUUAAUCCUAUAUUACGCUUUUACGAAUUGAUGUUUGCCACUGAAAAUAAAACAUACGAAUGCUUAAAUAUUAACACGUUAAACCAUGUUCCUCUUCAUAUUUAUACAUUAGACACUAUAAAAGGCAUUAAAUUGAAGCAUGUCUUGGUUAAUGAGCGUAUUUAAAUUUAUAAACGAAAAUGCUUUAUAAUACUGGAAACAUCAAGCAACAUUACAAAAUGCCCAUAUUUAAAGUCAUAGGACAAGAAUUUUCAAGAAAAACUUUAGUAGUUUGCGAUAAUCUCAAAGAUUUAAUUAAUACAAGCAUACAGCAUUUAGGACUUCCAAACGUGGAAUAU